AUGAAUUUUAAGUUUAAAACAAUCAGAAGAACUAGAAAUGCAUUAAAUGCAUAAUAAAUAUAUUGGGAAAUAAUUAAAUUAAAGAAAUAUUUUAGAGUGAAAACUAUAUUUGGAGAAGAUAAAAAAUCUGAAAUCAUUUUUCAUAGAACAUAAUUGCCAAACAAAUUUAGAACUCAUGAUAUGAGCUUAUUUAUAGAAUAACAUCAAGAAACAUAAAAUACUUUCUAUUAUAUAGCCAUAGGUUUAUUUAGUUUUUCUAUUAUGCAUUUCUAUGCAAAAAUGUUAUAUGAUGAUGAUACUAGAUAUUGGGUUAGCAUUCGAUUUCCAAAUCAUAUGAAAUAAUUUGAUAUUUUUAAUAAUCAUAUAUAGCAUUAAUAUGAUAAUAUUUUAGAGAAAGUAAUAAAUAACAAAUAUAAGUUUAGUUGUAAUUAAAAAAUAAAGAUUUGAGUGGAGCAGUUGGAUAUCAUAAUUUGAAACAAGGCAUUAAAGAUCUAUUUAAAAGAGAGACUAAGAUAAUUGAUUUUUAAACUACAGACUAAUCUAUAUAAGGAUUAGAUAGUUUUUUAUAAGAAUAAGAUAAAAAAGUUCUUAAAUCAAUUAAAUGA